GUGCGCGCGUCUUGGGCCGUUCGGUCCCUGGAGCCGCUUCCCUGUUCCGCCCGGGGGACGGGCCUGAGCCGUUCGGGAAAGGGCCAGGAGAAUGUGUGUGUGCCCUGGGCCCAGGCGGAUCGCAAUUCCAGUCCGGAGCUCCAGGCUGCCACUGUUGUCUGAUGCCAUGCCAGCACCAGCUCAUCUGUACCCACUGAUUCGUAACUGUGAGAUUAGCAGACUAUGCAGCACUGUGUGCUACUGCCACCACAGACACCUCUGCUGUUUGUCCUCCCACUUUGCUCACAGUCACUUCAGAUGUGCCCCUCAGAAGAAGUUUGCAGCGCUCUGUAGGCCCAAGGAGGACUUCAAUUACUUUUUUCACACGCGGGAUUAUGCUUCUACACCGCAGAGGUUUUACCUCACUCCUCCCCAGGUCAACAGCAUUUUGAAGGCAAAUGAAUACAGCUUCAAAGUCCCAGAAUUUGAUGGUAAAAAUGUGAGCUCUGUCCUUGGCUUUGAUAGUAACCAGUUACCUGCCAAUGCUCCAAUAGAAGACCGGAGGAGUGCUGCCACGUGCUUACAGACCAGAGGGAUGCUUCUGGGUGUGUUUGAUGGCCAUGCAGGUUGUGCUUGUGCUCAAGCUGUCAGCGAAAGACUCUUCUACUACAUUGCUGUCUCUUUGUUACCUCAUGAGACUUUACUUGAAAUAGAAAACGCUGUGGAAAGUGGCAGAGCUCUGUUGCCCAUUCUACAGUGGCACAAGCAUCCUAAUGAUUAUUUCAGCAAAGAAGCUUCCAAGCUUUAUUUCAAUAGCCUAAGAACUUACUGGCAGGAGCUCAUCGAUCUCAACAGCGGGGAGACUACUGAUGUGAAAGAAGCUUUAAUUAAUGCUUUUAAGAGGCUUGAUAAUGAUAUUUCUUUGGAGGCCCAAGUAGGAGACCCCAAUUCUUUUCUCAACUACCUGGUACUGCGAGUAGCAUUUUCUGGGGCGACUGCCUGCGUGGCCCACGUGGAUGGUGUUGACUUGCACGUUGCAAACACAGGUGACAGUAGGGCAAUGCUUGGGGUUCAGGAAGAGGACGGCUCUUGGUCUGCGCUUAACCUGUCCUAUGACCACAACGCGCAAAACGAGCGCGAAGUGGAGCGCGUGAAGACGGAGCAUCCGAAGGCUGAAGAGAAGAGUCUGGUGAAACAGGAUCGCCUCCUGGGCCUCCUGAUGCCUUUCAGAGCCUUUGGUGACGUGAAGUUUAAAUGGAGUAUUGAGCUGCAGAAAAGGGUGGUGGAAUCAGGCCCAGACCAGCUGAAUGACAAUGAAUACACAAAGUUUAUUCCUCCAAACUAUCACACUCCUCCUUACCUCACAGCCGAGCCGGAAGUCAUCUAUCACAGACUGCGGCCGCAGGAUAAGUUCCUGGUGUUGGCCACCGACGGGCUGUGGGAGACGAUGCACAGGCAAGACGUGGCGAGGAUCGUAGGGGAGUACCUCACUGGCGUUCACCAUCAGGAGCCAAUCGCCAUUGGUGGCUAUAAGGUAACUUUGGGACAGAUGCACGGCCUCUUGGCGGAACGGAGGGCGAGGUUCUCCUCGGUGUUUGAAGAUCAGAACGCAGCCACUCACCUGAUACGGCACGCGGUGGGCAACAACGAGUUCGGCACCGUGGAUCACGAGCGGCUCUCCAAGAUGCUCAGCCUCCCCGAGGAGCUGGCUCGCAUGUACAGAGAUGACAUGACUAUUAUUGUGGUGCAGUUCAACUCCCACAUGAUAGGUGCCUGUCAAAACGAGGAGCUGUGAGUUACUGCACGGAGGGAGCUAGUUACCAGAGUUGUAACAAUGGCCAGUAUGAGCAGCAAGACAAAAAACAACCACCCAACAAUACCAUCUCCCCAAAAACCCUCGGCAAACAAAUUGGCUUCUUGCUGGAUUCAGCAUAUCUAUUGUUCCUGCUUUCCCCCAGAGCUCUAAACACGUGGGAAGUGCUGUUGGCCUAAUACAAAGUUGAGGAGGCUGUCACAGCUUGG